UUACACUCCUUAAAAAGAGAGAGAAGAGGUUUGUGUCCUAAAAUACUGGCAUUGCUUCGGACUUUGGGACAGAGAGAGAGAAAGAGAAAGACUCUUUCUUCUUUCUCUCCUGAACCACAUCAUCGUCCUACCUUCUCUCUCUUCUUUCUCUCUCUUACGUUGUACAUUUUGAUUUUCAAGAAAACUGCUGCAUUCUUCUGUUUCAGGGUCUUUUUUUGCAGUUAUAUCAAUUGCCAUUUCCUUAUUUCUUGACCCUUUCCCUUUUCAGGCCUGGCCUAAUUCCUCUGGGUAUCCCAAUUCACAUAAAAAGGAAUGCUUGUACGAGGAUGCCCUUCAGUUCAUGUGUUUUUCCUUUUAGGAAAGUUAUCAUGUUGUGGUGCAACUGAUUUAGGCUUUCCUUGAGAGGAAAAAAGAAAUGGCGCGAGGCAGGAUAAGGGCGAAGAUCCGAAGGAGCAGUUUGUACUCAUUUGCUUGCUAUCGGUCGCGUGCCAAGGAAGAUGGUCCCCAUCAGUUAGGCCCCGGGUUCUCGCGAGUUGUACAUUGUAACCAGCCCCAUCUCCAUGAAAAGAAACCUCUUAAGUAUUGCAGCAAUCACAUAUCCACCACAAAGUACAACAUCAUCACAUUCCUACCCAAGGCCUUAUUCGAGCAAUUCAGGCGUGUCGCUAACUUGUAUUUUCUCAUGGCUGCGAUUGUGUCAGCCACAACAAACCUGUCCCCAUUCUCAGCUUUCAGUAUGGUAGCUCCGUUGGUCUUUGUGGUCGGGUUGAGUAUGGCGAAGGAAGCCUUAGAAGACUCGCGGAGGUUCAUACAAGAUACGAAGGUCAAUCAUCGGAAAGCUGGUGUCCACAGGGAAGAUGGUGCGUUUACUCAUAAACCGUGGAUGAAGAUUUCGGUUGGAGACAUUGUGAAAGUGGAAAAGGAUCAAUUUUUCCCGGCGGAUUUACUUCUUUUAUCGUCUAGUUAUGAAGAUGGAAUCUGUUAUGUGGAAACUAUGAACUUGGAUGGAGAGACAAACUUGAAGGUAAAGCGAGCGUUGGAGGUUACUCUACCUUUGGAGGAUGAUGAGGCUUUCAAGCAAUUCAGUGCAACCAUAAAAUGUGAAGAUCCUAAUCCUAGUCUUUACACUUUUGUGGGCAACCUCGAGUAUGAUCGUCAGGUUUAUCCUCUUGAUCCGAGUCAGAUUCUCCUCAGGGAUUCAAAGCUUAGGAAUACAGCUUAUGUUUAUGGAGUUGCUAUAUUUACUGGUCAUGAUAGCAAAGUUAUGCAGAAUUCUACAAAGUCUCCUUCUAAAAGGAGUAGGAUCGAACUACAGAUGGACAAGAUUAUUUACCUCCUUUUUACUGUCCUUCUCUCGAUCUCAUUUGUCAGUUCAAUCGGCUUUGCCAUAUAUGCAAAAUUUCAAUUGCCAAGCUGGUGGUAUAUGCAACCUAUGAACGAAGUAAAUAAUGUGGUCGAUCCAAGACAGCCUGAGUUGUCAGGCCUUUUGCAUCUGGUCACUGCUCUUAUACUAUAUGGUUAUUUAAUUCCUAUAUCCCUCUAUGUUUCCAUUGAAGUCGUGAAGGUCCUACAGGCAUUGUUCAUAAACCAGGAUAUUAGUAUGUAUGAUGAUGAGUCUGGAACUCCUGCUCAAGCGCGAACAUCAAACUUAAAUGAGGAGUUGGGGCAGGUCGAUACUAUCCUCUCAGACAAAACCGGCACUUUGACAUGCAACCAAAUGGACUUCUUAAAAUGCUCCAUUGCUGGUACGGCAUAUGGAAUGCGUGCAAGUGAUGUAGAACUUGCAGCCGCAAAGCAGAUGGCCGAGGACCUUGGUGGGCAAGAUCCCGCUUCACCGAGACGUGAGUAUGAGAGUGGUUCAUCAGAAAUUGAACUAGAGAGUGUCAUCACUUCUAAAGAUGAAUUUAAAGUUGCAAUAAAGGGGUUCAGCUUUGAGGAUAGCCGCCUUAUGAAAGGAAAUUGGAUGAAAGAGCCAAAUGCAGAUGUCAUCUUGUUAUUCCUUAGGAUACUUUCAGUUUGUCAUUCUGCUAUUCCCGAGCUAAAUGAGGAGACUGGCAGCUUUAACUAUGAAGCAGAGUCGCCAGAUGAAGGAGCAUUUCUUGUUGCAGCUAGGGAAUUUGGCUUUGAGUUUUGUAAAAGAACUCAAUCAAGCAUUUUUGUACGGGAGAGAUAUCCUUUUUUUCAAGAGCCAAUUGAAAGGGAAUUCAAAGUUCUCAAUCUAUUGGAGUUCACUAGCAAGCGGAAGAGAAUGUCUGUUAUAAUUCGCGAUGAGAGUGGCCAGAUUCUUCUCUUGUGUAAAGGAGCAGACAGCAUCAUCUACGAUAGAUUAUCAAAGAGUGGAGGAAGGUUUCAAGAAGCUAUGACAAAGCAUUUAAAUGAUUAUGGGGAAGCAGG